AUGUCGGCUCCCUACUACACCCCCCAGCGGCCCUACUUCCCCUCCCCGCAACACUCCUCGUCCUCCUCGACCGCCCCGCGGCCCGGCGCGGCGGGCUCGUCGGCCCCGCCGUCCUUCACGCCCGCCAUGCGCGACCGCCAGGCCCGCGGCAAGGACCCGUACUCCCCGCGCGACAGCCCGUCGGACUCGGACCUCGAGUUCGACAGCGUGGACUCGCCGUCGCGCGGCGGCGUCGGCCGCCUGGGACACCUCGGUCCGGCACACGGCCACGGGCACUCCCACGGGGGUGCCAUGGCAGGAGGCGCGGCGGCGGGAGGUGUUGGCGACGGCGACUCGCACGAGGUCAGGCGGCAGAAGCUCUGGGCCGUGUCUGUUCUCGAGGACCCGGAGAGGUUGGCCAUGUACGCGUGUAGUCGCGGAGACAGCAUCCCCGGCACCCGCCUCUACUUCACCCGCAUGCUCUGCGGCUUCGACGAGGAGCCGGUCAUCCAGCCGGCCGACCCCCGCAAGGCCGCGCCCUCCUCGCGGCGGGACCCGCGCCGGAGGAGCGCCGGCGGCGAGCGCAUGGGUCGUCACUGA